UAGCACCAGGAAGGAGCGCUGAGGUUGUAUUGGGCAUGAUGGAAUUUGCCGUGGGGAAACCCAGUGAUGAUAGUGGAACCCGCCCGCGUGUGAAUUCCCGUGGCUCCCGCUGCAGCUUUAUAAGCAGGUGGAGGAGAGGCGAGCUUGGCAGGACAGGCAGGCAGUGAAAGAGCACUCACUGGAGCACAGCUGCGGCUUAGAGUGAAAAUGUCUGGCUUCAGCACAAAGAGCUUGGUCCUGGCUUCUCUGCUUGGGCUCCUGUUGCUGCUGCUGUGCAGUACCUCCCAAGCACAAAGCAACCAGGACUGCUGUCUGUCUUAUACCAAAGCCCGUCUGCCUCGGUGGGCCAUUAAGGGUUAUACUGAACAGCUCUCCAGUGAAGUCUGCGAUAUUGAUGCGAUCAUUUUCCACACCUUCAGUGGAUUGAAAGCCUGUGUAAAUCCUAAGGAUGGCUGGGUGAAGAAGCACCUUCUUUUCCUGAGCCACAAGCUAAAGAAGAUGUCAAUGUGAUAUGGUUUCCAGCAGGGAACUAAAUGCAGUCGUGGCUGAAGAACCACUAGGCUCAACCUCUUGGUUGAGAUCGUCGUCUUGUACACUGUUGUGUGCUUACUCACCACCAUCUCUGGCUUCUUUGGAACCGUUGAACUUCUUGUUGAUUCAUAUUGCAUCGCUGUUUUGCUUGAAUUAAGCAUUUUGUUAAAGUUUCUAUGUUUACUAAUGUAUUACUAGUAUGACAUGUGUACUAUUUAGUAAAGAGUACCUUAAGCUGUUGUACAGAAUAUGAAUUGUAUUAGGUUUAUUGCAUAGUAUUUUUGUGUUGCUCAGCAUGUGUAAACCUUUGUAAAGGAUAUUUAUUCUGUUUAUUUUGUUACUUCUCUAGCACUUUCUUGUCCCAAAAUGUUCCUUUUAACUGUAGUUAGUAUUAUAAUACUUUUUGAACAACUGUUAAAGUCUGCUUGUGGAAAAAAUGGAAACUGGAGUUAAAAAUAAAUGUUAAAAA